AUGUGCAACAUUAAACUGCUCAAGGCGUUGCGGGUGAGGAAGAAGAUGUCAGGUGAGCGCAUGCCGGUGAAGAUGAUUGGUGACAUCCUGACGGCUCAGCUUCCUCACAUGCAGCCUUACAUCCGCUUCUGCAGCUGCCAGCUCAACGGCGCCACCCUCAUUCAGCAGAAGACAGACGAGGUGCCUGAAUUCAAAGAGUUUGUCAAGAGGUUGGCGAUGGACCCUCGCUGUAAGGGAAUGCCCCUGUCCAGUUUCCUCCUCAAACCCAUGCAGAGAGUCACCCGAUACCCCCUCAUCAUCAAAAACAUUUUAGAGAACACUCCAGAAAGCCACCCAGACCACAGUCACCUGCGGCUGGCUCUGGAGAAGGCUGAAGAGCUGUGCUCACAAGUCAACGAAGGCGUGCGAGAGAAAGAAAACUCAGAUCGGCUGGAGUGGAUCCAGGCACAUGUGCAGUGUGAGGGGCUGUCAGAG